AUGGAUCAACUAAGCGGUGUAGCACCGAGUUCGGAACCCUUUGAAAUCAUCAAAACUGAAGACCCAGAAGUGGAACGUAAACGUCUUGAGGAUGCAGCACGUGCAUUUCUUGUAGAACAGACCCAUGAAGUGAUCAUUCCAUCAUAUGCAGCAUGGUUUGAUAUGUCAGUAAUUAAUGAAAUUGAAAAAAAAUCGCUUCCAGAAUUCUUUAAUAACCGUAAUCGUUCUAAAACACCAUCUGUUUAUAAGGAUUAUAGAGAUUUUAUGAUUAACAUUUAUCGGUUAAAUCCGAUUGAAUAUCUUACAGUAACCGCAUGUCGUCGUAAUCUUGCAGGAGAUGUUUGUGCCAUCAUGCGUGUACAUGCGUUUCUUGAACAAUGGGGAUUAAUUAAUUAUCAGAUUGAUUUAGAAACUCGACCAUCGAGUAUGGGACCACCAUUUACAGGUCAUUUUAGAGUAAUUGCAGAUACACCAAGGGGACUUCAACCAUUUCAACCGGGACCGGGCUCAAUGACCUCACAUGGAAGAUCUUUAACAGAGCCAUCAUCAUCUCAAACAAAAACGAGUUAUCAUCUUGAACUUCGAAAGGAAUCAUAUGAUUCUAUCUAUGGAAAAUCAGAUAAUAUAUUGACAAACGGUAGCAAGCAAACAGAAAGCGGAUUAGAUUUAAAAAAACAAUAUUUUUGUUUUACAUGUGGUGUAGAGUGUUCUAGAUUAUUUUAUCAUAGCUUAAAAACAAAAAAAUUUGAACUUUGUCCUAAUUGUUAUUCAGAAGGACGUUUUCCAGCAAGUUUUUUUAGCGGAGACUUUGUAAAAAUGGAAGAGACGCCUAUCAAAGGAAGCAAAGAAGACUGGUCUGAUCAAGAAACACUUUUAUUACUGGAAGGGUUAGAAAUGUAUGACGAUGAUUGGAAUUUAGUUGCAGAACAUGUUGGUACACGAACACGAGAACAAUGUGUUCUUCGGUUUCUGCAAUUGCCUAUUCAAGAUCCAUAUUUAGAGUCUAAAACAGAGGAUUUAGGUCCAUUACAAUACAACCGUAUUCCAUUUUCACAAGCAGAUAAUCCUAUCAUGAGCGUUGUCGCAUUUCUUGCUGGUGUUGUGAAUCCAAAUAUUGCCGCAGCUGCAGCACAAUCAUCAUUAGAAGAGCUAACACAUUCUUUAAAAAAACAUAUUGAUAAACAAUCAGAUAAAAAUGUUACACAUGAUAUUGAUUUUAAAAAUGACUCAGACAAAUCGGAAAUUAAACAAGAAUCUUCCACACAUUGUGAUAUAAAUCAAAUUACCAAAUCAGAAGAAAUGGAUAUCGAUGAACAUAAAGAUCUAACAUCAACAAAAAUGUUGAAAAAUGCAAAUAUAUCUCCAUCUAAUACAAUCGAAAAGGCUGCAUCAAUUGCCUUAGGGGCGGCUGCAGCAAAAGCACAAAUUUUGGUAUCACAAGAAGAACGAGAAAUAUCUAGACUUGUUUCAGAAGUCAUAAAAUUACAAUUAUCUAAACUAGAAUUGAAAUUACAACAAUUUAAUGAACUUGAACAAAUUCUUGAAGCAGAACGACAGGAAUUAGAAAAACAUAGACAACAGCUUUAUUUAGAUAGGCUUUCAAUGAAAAAACAGAUUAUCAUGGUUCAAGAACAACUUAACCAAGCUAUUUCUAUAGGUGGAGAAGAAGGUUUAUUAAUUAUAAAAAAAAUAAAUGAAUUAGGCUGUAAAGGUCCUAAACUUGAAUUUAUAUCUACAGACCAAGAUAAUCUACAAGCUUCAACAAUUCCCUUGAGUCAAGAAGAUCCAUCAAAUUAUACAUCUUAUCAAUUAUAAACAAAUUAUACAUAUUAGC